UAUGUAUUUUCACUAAAAAAAAAAAACCCAUUAUUAUUAUUAUUUAUUUUUGAAACAAAAGGAAUAGUUGGAGCAAUAUCAUAUUCACUCCACUAUAGUGCACUUGCCAUUUCUUUCACAUCUAAACACUGAUCUGAUCUUAAAGAAUCAAAAGGUUGUUCCCGGAACUCUUUAACAAGAGAGAAUUGGAGAUAUGGGUCGUGGAGUCAGCUAUGGAGGAGGGCAAAGUUCACUGGGAUACUUAUUUGGGAGCGGUGAGGCGCCAAAACCAACCACGUCAAAUGUUCAAGCUGUUCAAAGUGAAGGGCAGCCGAUAAGUAAAGAGCCAGCGUCAAAGCCAGCUGUUUCUGCUACAGUUGAUGCUACUAAGCAGAUUCCUGCUGGUGUUCAGAGCACUGCUUUGAAAAACAGGGGAGAUGGUCAAAACACAGGCAACUUUAUCACGGCUAUUACCUUGAUGUAGGACCGUCCAUCUACCAAAAUCCAUGCUGCUCCUGGAGGUGGAUCUUCUUUGGGUUAUCUAUUCGGCGAUGGCAGCAGCUAAGCAAUUCUCCAAUCUACAAUUGGAUAAUUGUUUUAUCACUUCUUUAUCUUUUGUCUUUCGACGAUGUUGUAAUUGUAAUUGUGAGUACUUAAGGCUGGUGUGACUUGUGAAGUGUUAGUUGCAUAAGCUUUGAUCCAAAGUCCCAGUUGACACCCAUGAAACUAAAUUUACUUGAAAUGUAAUAUGCCACUUUUGUUAAUUGAUCAUUUGAUUGAACAGCUUUUCUUGCCUA